GUAAUGCAGAGAUAUUCUCAUCAGUGGCGGGUGUAGGGAAGAGAGAUCUUCACCCUCCUCCUAUAUGCCCGGAAGCAGAAUCUGAAAACCACAGCACUAGAAUAUCUUUACAGUUCCUUCCACAGGACUCUGUGGUUGGGUUGGGGCCAGGGCUGAAGGGCGAGUGGAUGUGUAAUUGAAGGGUUCCAAAGAGCCCUAAACUUUUAUCAGAAGGAAAGGAGAACGUAGCUAAUACAGAGUUGUCUCCUGGUUGCCAGCCCAUGGGUGCAAAUCAGAGCAUAACGCCUUGUCCAUCCUUCUGUCCCUUUCUUUUCACAAAUCCAAUGGUGGUGGAUUUCAGUUGUGCCCUGGAGGCAGUGAAGUUGGUAUUUCUAGCUGCUGCAUAUGAGAAAGUGGUGGUCUAUGCAAGUCAGCAUCGCUGUUGGGACCUUCUGUCGUCCCCCAAAUUUUACCACAUAGGUAUCAUGGACCUGGCAAGGUAGGACUGUUUCCCCAGGACUCCUGGCAUCACUCUACCCCCCUGACCUCAAUCUGCCCGGUCCUAACACUCAAAUAUAGCAGCCUUUAACUUUCCUUUCCCAUCUCCCAGUCCUCUGGUCUCCUGAUUCCUCAGCCUUCAUGUCUUCCCUGUUCUAUGUACUCUAGUCCCUUGCCACUUCUACCCAGAAACCCCUGGCCUCCUGUGUCCCAUCGCAGUGGCAUUGUGCUGAACUGUGAACCCUACAUUCUGCACCGAUUCCUGAACCAUGUCAGGAACCUUCUCUACAGCUUGGAUGAUCGUCGGAAAAUGCUGGCCAGGACCUUCUAUGUGCAGCUCCUCUGGCACCGAUCAGUGGCUCAGACCCUGGGGCAUGACUUUCUGGGCAAUCUAAUCAAGUGGCUCAAGGAGCCAAACCUGAUUAUGAAGGAAGUUGGGCUCCGAGGAAUCAGUAACUUGGCCCUGCACCCAGGACAAUCAGAGACACUUAAAAGCCUGGUUCCAUUCUUGAGAAGAUUCCUGAAGGAUGAGGUGCGAGUGACAGUGCAGGCAGUGAAGAGUCUGCGAAACAUCAUCUACCAUGGACAGGGAGAGGACACCAAGGUGGUCUUUUGCUCCAUCUCCAAGCAACUGCGUCCACUCAUCAAUGAUGAGAGGGAUCAGGUGAGGAUCUCAGCCACCUCUGCCUUGGGUCACAUGCUACAUCGAGUUGACAAAUUCAAGCCUGGACCCUUGAUCCGAAAAGAGAUCUUCACUUUUCUAGUCCCACUGCUGCUCAGCAUUCAGGACAACAAUGCAGAGGUCAUCAAGGUGCUGGAGAUCUCUGUCCUCCAACCUCAGGACUGA